AUGGAGGCGAUGAAUCCUGACGUUGAAGCGCUCAUGGCCCUACGGAAUGGCUUGCAAGACCCCAAUGGCGAGCUGAAUAGUUGGGACCCAGACUUGGUGGAUGCGUGCACCUGGAGUCGCGUCGUCUGCGAUGAUCUCACCAGACGCGUCAUUCGCUUAUACCUUAUCCAGUUGAACUUGUCUGGUCCAUUUGCACCUGAGCUUGGCAAAAUGGAACACCUACAUUAUUUGCGACUGGAUCACAACCGUUUAACUGGACCAGUUCCAAAUGAGCUCUUGGCACUGGACAAGCUGGCAGAUGCGAAUUUCUCAAAUAAUAAACUUUGCGGGAUAAUUCCAACAUCCGGGUCAUUUGAAAACAUUCCACAACACACGUUGUCAUCACCACCAAAAUUAACUAGGAGAGAAAUGCCCUUUCACCUGCGGCAAGGACGACUUUGA